UGUUCGAGUUCGCACACCAGUUCCAUGGAGAAGGCUUCUUUAUUUCACUCUAUGGUCCAGCUUCAGUAAGGAAGACGAUCUGCGAGUCGAAGAAAAUCAAGCUGUUAUAACUAGAAGGGAGAAAGGGGGAAGAAAUUCGAGGUACCAUUUCAUUGUUUUGACUCGGCUGUAUGAUUUGAAUUUAACAACGUUUUGUCAUUAUUAGGGUUUAGAAUUUUUGGUUUUUGAGUCUGUUUUGAUGUCGGGAAACGGUGAACAAAUCGACCUCAACUCUGAAGUUGAUAUGGGAGCUCGAGAGUUUGAAGCCCAUGGGAUUGAUCUUUCGCAUCCUGUUACCGUUUACGUAAACGAGCAAAGCAAUGGUGAAAAUCGCUCGGGAGAGACGGGAGAGGAUGAGGCCAUUCAAGAUCAAGAGACCAACAGCUUUGGAGAAGGGCUUUGUGGGUUGGAUAAGGGCGAGACCGACGGAAAUGUGGGAAAUGAAGUAGUCGAUGUUGAAUUUUUGCAGGGAAGAUCUAUGGAUGAUGUCAAGGGAACGGAAAUGGACCCUCCCGCAAGGAAGGGUGAAGCAUCGUCUAUGGCAAUAAAUGAUUUAUCAGAGUUGGAAAUGGAAUCUAGCAAGAGGAAACAUACCUCAGAGAAAGUUGAAGCUGUGUGUAGGGAUGAGAUAAUUGUUGACGACAACGAGGUGGUGAAUGCUGAUGGGACACUAAAUGCUUCACCAAGUGACGCUUUAGCUUGUUGUGAAGCAAAAAGCCAGGUUGGAGAGGGACUUGCAUCAUUGAAUGAGUCUACAGAAGGUGGAGCCUAUGACGAUGCUACGGCUGGGGAUGGAUCAAUAAUUUCUGUUGGUAUUGAGUAUAAUGUUGAGAGCCAGGAAGAAGGGGUUAGCACAAUGCAAGAUGAGGAUGAGAAAGUUACAGAAAAUGAAGAAUUGUAUGUGAAACAUGAUCAGGUUGUGAACGAGGAUGAUGAAUCCCACAGUGUACUUGACCAUAAGGGUUGUGUCGAUGAACGCGUAAACACGAAUCCUGAGGGUCCAUUUCACCACAAGGAUGUCGAUGGUUCGGGUUCUCUUCAUGAUAAUUUGGCAUCUGGUUCUCCUAAAAGUGCUGAGGAUAGAAUACAGUCAAUUAACAAGCUUGAUCAAAAGGCUGAAAAUAUGACAGAGAGAAAUGAAGUACCACCUGAAUUAGCCACUGAGGUUAGAACCGUGCCAACAUCGAACUACUCAGAAAAUCAGAGUGGGAAAGUUGAUGGUGGACAGACAAUUGAAAAUCCAGCCACUGGCAGUCAUAUUGGGAAGACAGGGCCUUCAACAGAUAUAGAUGAGUCAAAGUUGUUUGACAUUGUUGUUGAAGUGAACCCUCAUGUUAGCAUGGAUGAAGAUGACAUGUCUAAUGACGACAGUGAAGACACAGUUGUGAAGUUCAAUGUCCACGAUCUAGUAUGGAGCAGAGUACCGAGCCAUCCCUGGUGGCCUGGGCAGAUAUGUGAUCCAGCAGCUUCAUCAAAAAAAGCCAUGAAAUAUUUCAAAACAGGAAAAUAUCUGGUAGCAUUUUUUGGGGAUCAUACAUUUGCAUGGAAAGAAGCAGUGAUGAUAAAACCGUUUUCAGAAUAUUUUUCGGAGUUGCAGAAGCAAAGCAAUUCAGGAAGUUUUCACGACGCAAUUGAUUGUGCUCUGGAAGAGUUCUCCAGACGAGUUGAGUUUAGCCUUGCCUGCCCUUGUCUAUCAGAAGAAUUAUAUUCCAAACUUCAAACUCAAACACUCGCUAACGGAGGAAUCCGCAAGAAGUUGAGUAAAAGAGUUGGUGGUGACAGCUCUCUUACUGCGUCAUCUUUUGAUCCAAUGAAGCUUGUUAACUUUGUUAAGGAAGUAGCCAUGUCACCUUAUGCUGAAGCUGACAAGUUAGAGGUGGUUCGUGCCGAGGCCCAAUUGAUGGCAUUGAGUCGGUGGAAGGGCUACUCUGAACUGUCCAAGUACGAUAAACACAGUGCAGCGUUCAACGAUACUGAUCACAUUUUGGAUGUGAAAAACGAUGACCAAAGUGACUCGAUGGUGGAUAUAGCUAUAGACAUUAAAGAUGAUGAAGUGGCCAAAAGCAGGAAAGGAAGUUUGAAAAUUCAAGACAUUUCAGGUGGAAAGUGCAAGCGUAAAUCUGAGGAUUUAAAAGACUCUAGUAAAAAGGGUUCUAAUUCGACGUCCAAGAAGCCCCGUCGUAGCGGGAAGAAAGAACUGGGAUCUAAAGAGGAUGCUGACAACGAAUUGAAUUUUCCUGUUUCAAUUACAAAAGAUGAGGUAGUAAGUUGUAACAACACUGCUAUCAACAGUCCAAUAACAAAUGUUGAAUCUGGGAAGAAGACUAAUCAAAGUUUUAGAGUUGGAGAUCGCAUACGAAAGGUUGCUUACAAAUUGAACGAGUUGAAUCCGAUACUGAAGCACGAUGAUGGAUUAUCUCAAAAAUCUGUUUCCAAGACGAGACGAGGCAGAAAGUGUAAGGGGAGUUCGGAACUAGUUUCCGGUGUGAAGACUGGAAAUAAGUCGACAAAGACAAGGAAAAGAAGAAAGGUUUCAGCCCCUAUAGAAACAUCUGACUCUGAAUUUAUUAAGGACGCUUAUUGGACUGAUAGGUUAAUCCAAGGCAUUGCUGAAGAUGAAGUAACUGUUGAGAAUCAAAACGAAAUUGAAGAAGGCCACAUUCAGACUCCAAGUGAAACGGUUAUCCCUACUGAACUUGUUGAACCAGAUUCAGAGACUUGUGUGGAGGAUCCCUCUCCCACUGCUCUGAUUUUAACCUUUACCGACUUCGGUUCCGUUCCUUCUGAAAAAAGUUUGAACGACAUAUUUAGAAAAUAUGGACCUCUGUACGAGUCAAAGACAGAAGUAAUAAAGAAAAGUAAACAAGCCAAAGUAGUUUUCAAGCGAACUUCAGAUGCCGAAACAGCUUUCAGUAGUUCUGGGAAACACGGCAUUUUUGGAACGACCGAUGUUAGUUACCGACUCAAGUUCUUGGCUCCGAGCAAAGUUUCAUCACGUCGGACAAGGAGAGGCAGAAAAGAAGUGAAAUCUUAAGAACAAAACGCUUCUUGGCUGCCUAAAUAUUCAGGUUUGAAACAGGUCUGUGCUACUUUCACUUUUAACUGAUGUCUGUUGUUCAAUUCAUAUCCAUAAUUUGACUGGGUAGAGUUAACUUGCAAACAAAUAGGACAUGGCUGAUACUUUUUUCAGGGUAUUGUUAGUAGAGAUACUUGGAUUAGCCUGUACAUGGUAGUUUUUUCCUUCUUGAAAGGGCUUAUUG